GUGAGUGCUAAAAGUUUUGAAAUUUGUUGAACACACAGUCAUAUAGGCCUAACAUCAGAAGCGUGAUAUGAGUAUUCGUGACGGACACCUUUAUUGGUCACAUUACUGGUUCUGCAGCUGGUGCAGAUGCAUGGACUCCAAAUAUGGAAAACAGCCUCACUUGCUCAUGUACACUAGGUUUAGGCUUUAUCAGCAGGAAGGACUGGUGCAGUAGAACAAAGCCUUUGCAGAUAUCAUAUGCAAAAGCCACAGGUUUCUAGGAAAUAAACUCUAAGGAUUACACUACUAAGAAAUGCAUCACUUCCGGCGACCUACAUUCGAGCCAAUGGCAUUGCAACAAGACAGGCGGUCCAGAGUCUGGUUUAAAUGCGCCGCCAGCCCGAGCUCGGGACAGGGGAAGUCUUACUGCAUCUGAAAGUGAAUACUUUUAAUAACAUUGAAAAAGGAUGUCAAACGAAAGAGCGUUUCAAGAACUGAGUGAGAAUUUGGAGGGAUCCCUGUACAGGCCUCAGAGGAGUAAAUGGAAAAGGCGGCCCUCCUGCAGUGGGGGUCUAGACACUGAAAACACGCCAAACGAGCUCAUCCAGCAGUGGUCACCCCCACACAAAAAGAUACUGACUUCUGCAAAAGGGAAAGAGAAUGAAGAAAACGUAUUUGUUCUUGCCAGACGUCCCAGGAAAAGAAGAGAAUCAACAGCAGGAUUGUGUUGGGACAGUCUUCCUGAUGAGCUGUUGCUGGGAAUCCUGUCUCGUCUCUCACUGCAAGAUCUUCUCCGGACGUCACGGGUCUGCAAGCGCUGGCAUCGUUUAGCGUUUGAUGAGUCUCUGUGGCACAGUGUGGACUUGGUGGGAAAGGCUCAGUUAGAUGCAGAGCUUGGGCAGGUUCUCUCAGCUGGAGCAUUGAGGCUGCGCUGCCCGCACACCUGCAUCGGUCAACCCAGUUUUAAAAGUGCACAGAAACUUCGUAUCCAGCAUCUGGAUUUAUCAAACUGCACAGUGCAGACAUCUGUUCUCGAAGACAUCCUCUCUCGCUGCAAACAUCUGCAGAAUCUCAGUCUCGAAGGAUUGGUGCUCUCUGAUAGCAUUAUUCAUUCUCUGGCCCAAAAUACUGAAAUUGUCCGACUGAAUUUGUGUGGCUGUUCAGGCUUCUCCCCUGAAUCGUUGACUGAGAUGUUGAAAUCUUGCACUCGAAUUGAAGAAAUGAAUGUGUCAUGGUGUGACUUCAAUAAUCUCCAUGUUCAAGCUAUUGCUAGCAACGUUCCCUCCAGCAUCACUCAACUGAACAUCAGUGGUUAUAGACAAAACCUCACUAUGGAAGAUGUUAAAGCUAUAGUAAAAACAUGUCCGAACCUUUCAAAUCUAGAUUUGAGUGACAGCGUGCUUGUGACGACAGACAGUUUCCCAGUCCUAGAGCAACUUUCCUCCUUGAAACAUCUGGGGCUGAGCCGCUGUUAUCAGAUCCACCCAGCUUCUCUCAUUGACUUUGAAAAGUUUCCAAAUUUGCAAACCCUGGAGGUCUUCGGGCUCAUACAGGACAGCUACCUCCCCAUUCUUUGUAAAGGUCUACCGCACAUACAGAUCAACACACAACCGUUUUCCACUGUGGCACGUCCCACCUCAGCAUCAAAAAAGGAUCGCACAAUUUGGGGAAUGCACUGCCGACUUGUGUACAAACAUUGAUGUUUUUAAUCCAGGAUGGUUACAGGGUGAACCAAAUUGUGAAAUAGCUUUUGUAAUAGUCCUUAUCUCUCUCUUAAUUGUGCCUUUAAAUGUGAUUUUAAAAAAAAGUCUUAAACAUCACUGGUAAAUCCUCGUUUUAUAUUGUACCAGUUUGUUUUGUGAAGACGACAAUUGUGUUGGAGAUCCUGACAAUCUUGAAUUAAGUGGCGUUCUUGUUACACUGCAGCAAAGAUCCUAUCAUUUAUCACAAAAUAAGAGACGAAGAGUGGACAGUUAGCAGUAUGUUUUAACUUUAAAUGUUUGGUACCAAUAGCUAUUAAUGUUGAAAAUGGUGAGUUUCACUAGAUGUUUAUUGCUUCAGGUGAAAUCUAGAAUAUAAAUGGUAGGUCUGAUCUGUUUU